UAGAGAAGAGAUAAUAUGGGUUUAUGUGGUAAGUUGGUAGCCCAAAUAGAGAUCAAGUCUGGUGGUGAUGUGUUUCAUGAACUCUUCAGAAACACACCACAUGACAUACCAAACAUCAGUCCUGGUUGUAUACAGGGUUGUGGUUUGCAUCAGAGUGAUUGGGGCACUGUAGGCUCUAUUUACCUCUGGAAUUAUAUCCAUGAUGGGAAAGCAUGUGUUGCAAAAGAGCUUAUCGAAUCCAUAGACGAGGAAAAGAAGUCCAUCACUUUCAAGGUCCUUGAAGGAGAUCUCCUGAAGCUUUACAAGAACUUCUCUGUGACGUUUCAUGUUGAUACAAACGGUGAUAGCAACUUGGUGACAUGGACCUUUGAAUAUGAGAAGCUGAGUGACAAUGUCCCAUAUCCAACUACAUUGAUGGACUUCUGCAUUGCUCUCACCAAAGACAUUGAAACUCAUCACCUCAAGAAAUAG